AUGCGCGUCGCCCCGGCCGCCCCCUGGCACCGGUUGCUCCAGCUGCUGUUCCUGCUGGGACCACCAGGGCUGAAGGCUUCAGGGGUGGCGGAGCCGCCUCUGCCCACCGUGGUCCUUGCCAUCUUGGCCCGCAAUGCCGAGCACUCGCUGCCCCACUACCUGGGCGCGCUGGAGCGGCUGGACUACCCCCGGGCCAGACUGGCCCUCUGGUGUGCCACCGACCACAACAUUGACAACACGACGGGGAUGCUGCAGGAGUGGCUGGCAGCUGUGGGCGAUGACUAUGCAGCUGUGGUCUGGAGGCCAGAGGGAGAGGCCAGAUUCUACCCAGAUGAAGAGGGUCCUAAGCAUUGGACCAGAGAAAGGCACCAGUUUCUCAUGGAGUUGAAGCAGGAGGCCUUGACCUUUGCCAGAGACUGGGGGGCUGACUACAUCCUGUUUGCAGACACGGACAACAUUCUGACUAACAAGCAGACACUGCGGUUUCUGAUGGAGCAGGGGCUGCCCGUGGUCAUCACCCCUCAGGAAGGGCCUGAAGGGGUCUUUGGGCUUUGGUGCAGGUGGCCCUGGGCCCAAAGCUUCCCUGUUCCCCAGGGCUACUACCGCCGCACAGCCGAGUACUUCCCCACCAAGAACCGCCAGCGCCGAGGCUGUUUCCGGGUUCCCAUGGUCCACUCCACCUUCUUGGUAUCCCUGCGAGAUAAGGGAACAGCUCAGCUGGCCUUCUAUCCACCUCACCCCAACUACACUUGGCCCUUCGAUGACAUCAUUGUCUUCGCCUAUUCCUGUGAGGCCGCUGGGGUCUCAGUGCAUGUGUGCAAUGAGCACCGAUUCGGGUACAUGAACGUGGCAGUGCAACCACACCAGGGGCUGGAGGACGAGAAGGUCAACUUUGUCCACCUGAUCUUGGAAGCGCUAGUGGAUGGGCCCCCCAUGCAGGCCUCAGCGCAUGUGUCUCAGCCCCCGAAGAGGCCCAGUAAGCUGGGCUUUGAUGAGGUCUUUGUCAUUGGCCUGGCCCGCAGGCCCCACCGGCGAGCUCGCAUGCUGAGCUCCCUCUGGGAGAUGGAGAUCUCCGGGCGUGUGGAAGUGUUUAGCGUGUUGCUCACAUUCCUCCUGAAGUACUUCCCCCUCAGGAGGAGCCGCUGGUGUAAACAGAGACACAUGAGGCUUCCCCAAAGUGUGUUUUGCAGGCUGCUCAACAGAAGCAUCCUCAGGACCCUGGGUGUGGACCUGCUCCCGGGCUACCAGGACCCCUACUCAGGCCGCACACUGACCAAGGGCGAGAUUGGCUGUUUCCUCAGCCACUACUCCAUCUGGGAGGAGGGGGACAGCGAAUGGCUCAGCGACACAGAGACAUCCUCCCCCUGGGAUGAUGACAGCGGCCGCAUCAUCAGCUGGACCGGCUCCCAGAAGUCCCUGCGUGGCCCCCACCUGGACCUGGCUGGCAGCAAUGGGCACAGCCUUCACCCCAGUCCCCGGGACGAGCUCUAGGUCCAAGCAAGAGUGCCUGGAGCAGAGGGAGAGAUCACUGGCAGGAGUCACCGGGAGCCAGCACACACCUCGCUGUCAGCUUACGUUUGGCCACUCUGCCCUCCAUUCAAGAUGGAGCCCAGCCAGCUGCCAGUGGCACAGACCUGUAAUCCUAGCUACUCAGGAAGCUGGGUCCUAGAAGACUGGGCAGA